CUUUGAGCAAAUUAAUAGGGUAUGGAGAUUUGACCGAUUUUCGUCAGAUUUCCCCAAAACAUUCUAGGAAUAAUGACAAACGAAGGUGUGUCGGGAAAUUUGAUAUUUGAAACUGAUAGCAACUUUUGAAUUCCAUUUGAACGAACGAAAGGGCUCAUGAAAACCACAAGCAAUUAGUAUACAUUGAAUUUCCGCAUUUAACGUCAGUUGUCGCUUGUCGCUGAAUAGAAAGGUCUCUACCAUUUCGUCCACUACUUUGGUAAGGAUGACUGCCACCCUUAAUCAAGGCAAUGAAGACUUCAAGUCCCAUGUCUUUAUUAUCAACGGAGGCAUACUACUCUUUUUCGCGUUGUUGAUAUCGAUCUCCAAUGGCAUCCUCCUGUUCAUGAUCUACAAAGACCCGCUGAGGAAAUUUCGCAACGCCACCGCAGUUCUUGUGGUCUCUCUGGGCAUAGCAGACUUUCUAACGGGAUGUGUAACCGCCGUGGACGUUGGAAUAGCACAUAUUCUGGAAGGAAUGGAAGUGGGAAAAGUUAUGCUUCAGGCCAAGAUCGUUUCGCAGAUAACCGUGCGCGCGAGUGUUUGUAUCAUGAUCAUUUUUGCGGUUGAACGGUUCAUAGCUAUUGCCUUCCCGUACGUUUAUCGUAACUCCUUGACCAUCCCAAAAACCAUCCUCUGUUGUGUGCUGAGUUGGAUGUUAGCCAUUGUUACAAGCUGUCUGGAGCUGGUAGUGGAGCGAGAUUUGUACGAUGUUGUGUUUCUUUACCUCAUUUUUGUCCUACCACUUCUCACGAUUAUUUUCACAUACUCGGCUGCUUAUUUUAUAGUGCAAUAUCGACAUGGAAGACUCUACAAAAAAGAAAAAAUAUCCAGGCGAUCGGCUGAGAUGCAGAAGCAACUGAUGACGACUGCCUGUCUGAUAAUUCUUGUCUUCUUCGUUUCUCUCGUUCCGUUUUGGUUAUUCACCACCAUCCGGCGUUACUGCAAAGAGUGUGUUCAUCAAAAAUGGUGCAUUGCAGGUUAUCGACUGUCCAUCCCGAUUCUGUACAGUAACUCUGCCCUAAACCCGUUGUUGUAUGCCUGGAGAAUGCGGCCAUACCGUCAAAGCUUUCAAGCCUUAUUUCUCAGAAAACAAAGUAGUGUAAGGGGAACAAGUCAAAACGAAUUCCCUCCAGACGAAGGCAACGAAACUAAACUGGUCGAUGAAUUUUGCGAAGAGACUAAAUUAUAGAUAAAACUUUAAGGAGGAAAUUUAUAAUAUAAAUUAUAUCUAAUCACUGUUCACCAAAGAUAAAAUAUGUUCAUUUUUAUGGACAAAUUUCUGCCUUUCCAUAAAGUCAACACAAAGAAAGCUCCCACUCACUGUAGAAAAACUCAUCACAAAUACCGGUCACCUGAAUAUGUUUUGUGUUAUUGUAGAAUUCUGCUAUGAUGCAUGUCAUUUAGCAAUUUCAGGUAUAACCUACUCUAAUAACUUUGCAGAAUCCACAGCGCUCUGUGUCCAAUCGUCGGUUGAAAAGGUUAUCGAUAUAUUUGUCGGCACCACAACCUUUUCGCUUGAGUAGCGUUAUCAAUGCUUUGUAAUCAAGAGUAACUGUCACAAAAAAAGACAAGAAGAUAAUAUCAAGUUGAAGUUUAAAUAGCUAUACCACAGAUCUCAAAUGGUAGACUUUAUAUUAAACACCACUUUUCUAGA